AUGUCUACUACUUAUCUUAUUACCGGUGCAACCAGAGGUAUUGGCAUCGAAUUGGCAAAACAGUUGAGCGAGAACGAAUCCAACCACGUGAUUGGUACGUACCGUUCCGACAGUUCUGCCAAACAGCUCUUUGAGCUUGCUUCCAAAAGAAAGAACGUUGACACUGUCAAACUUGACGUGAGCGACGAGGCCUCAAUCAAAUUAUUGCCUAAACAGCUGGAUGCGAUCACUUCCAAGUUGGAUAUCGUGAUUUUCAAUGCGGCUAUUGCGGAUUCUUACAUCCCUAUUUUGAAAACUCCCUUGUCUGUUUGGCAAGAGCACUUCCAGACCAAUACUUUUGGUCCAGUACUAAUUUUUCAGCAGGUGUAUCCGUAUCUGAAGAAGUCCGAUCACCCUGCUGCCCACUUUAUCUCCAGUGUUGCUGGAUCCAUCGGCUAUGAAUUGCCGUUCCAGGUUGGAGCAUACGGUGCUUCCAAAGCUGCCUUGAACUACAUUGUCAAGAAGAUUGGCGAACAGCAUCCAGAACUGGUCACAUCCAUGUUGCAUCCAGGUAUGGUUGAGACAACUAUGGGUAGAUACGGAUUUGAUACCUUCAAUGCUCUAAGUGAAGAUUCUAAGCCUGUUGUUGAGGAUGGUACGACUGUUUCUCCUGCACUCAGUGCUACUAGAAUCAUCCAAGCAAUUGAAGACCCAGCUACCAAUGGCAAGUUUAUUGAUGUCGCUGACCGUUCUGUGAUUCCAUUUUAA